AUGCCACCUCUCCUGCCGCCCAACCCAACCGAGACCGGAGCAGAGGUCGCCGACGACGCGCUGCGGCAGCGGCUCCGGGCCAGCGGUGUGGGCGGAAUCGAGGACGACGGCCAACGCUUUCGGGUGGGGUCGUGGCAGUUCCAAGUCGACCAGCCCGUGCUGGUUGUGGCCGCAUUCGUCGGGGGCUUUCUGGUUCUGUGCCUCAGCUUCGGCCUCGCCUGCUCCUGCCUCAUUUACCGCGUGCGCUCCGGGCAGCCGAAGGGGCUCUCGCACGUCCGGAUGAGGGACGAGGGCGGCUUCCGGACUCCCAGCCCGCCCCGCGAAGCCAGCACGAAGGUCGAUCUGCCGAAAGCCCGACCACACCACGGCGAGCACGGCGUCCCCACCAGGACAGCGCCGCUAUCACCGUACCCCGUCUCGGAGAGCAACAAGAUGCUUGGGCGCGACGCCGGCGCGAAGGCCGAUCCGCCGAAAGCCCGACCGACAGCGCCGUACCCCGUCUCGCAGAGCGACAAGGCCUUCUUCAUUUGA